GAUUCACUCAUGGCCCCAGUAUUUUAAAAAUGUCUACGGCCCUGGUUUCUAAGUAGUCCUUUUGAUUAAAGGAGCUUUCAGAUACCUCCUCUAUGAGCAAAAACGAAGGGCUUACUCAAAACAAUAAGAUUUAAAUUACAAUCUCAGUGGACACUUACAGUAGCCUACAGGACCACAAUGUCUGUGGCACUGUCUCAUGAAUGGUGUGGGUCUAUCAUUUAUCUUCCGUAGUGCUCAUUAUUACCCCUUGUUUUGUGUUUUUCCUCUUACACUAGGCCUCUUCCUCCAAAAGUCCCCUUUAAGAUUAGAGCUUUUAAUUAUGUGGUUGUGUAUUGUGGCUCCUAGCCAAUGAAAUAAAGCCUUCAUGCAAAUAAAGACAUCUCGGCUAGGGCUGCAUUAUCUCCAGCGCUGUUCGCCUUAUCUCUGGAUGUCCGAGUCUCUUGACAUAUAUGGAUAAACCCGUCACCCCGCCGCCUGACAAUACAGUCCCAAAAUAAUCUGAGAGCACAGCUGAGCCCUGCUAGGCGCUGCACGCUGCUGCUGCUCCGCCGCCUCCGACACCGCGCUGUGAGAGGAAACACCGCCGUGAAAUCUCUCAUCAGUAAUGACGAAAUUCAGCUAUUCUGAAUACUUAUCUCAGUUCCGUAACGCUGGAGGUAAAUGUAAUAAUGUUCAGACGCGACUGUGGGGAGAUAGGAGGAGAGGAGACGGUCAGGGCGACGUAACGUCAGAGCCGGAGGAUGUUGAGCCGGUGGUCUUUGCCAUCAGGAGAGGGGAUGUGGAGGCAGUUAAUGAUGCGGCAACAUCCGCUCCUCUCAGUCUGCUGAAGGAGAACAAAGAUGGGUGGAUACCUCUGCAUGAUGCUGCCUUCUGUGGACAGACAGAGUGCCUGAAGAUCCUUCUAAGGGCCCAUCCAGGUUCAGUAGACAAACGUACCUUGCAGGAGCAGACGGCCUUGCUGCUGGCUGUGUCUUGUGAACACUUGUCAUGUGUGCGUCGCCUUCUGGAGACAGGCGCCGACCCCGACAUCAGCAGCAAGAACAAAGAAACCCCUUUGUACAAAGCCUGUGAGUUGGAAAAUGUGGACAUGGUGAGCCUCUUACUGUCCUACGGGGCCACCGCGAACCAGCGGUGUGGUCAGGGUUGGACGGCCCUCCACGAGGCUGUGUCCAGGAACAACACGGAAAUCUGUGAGAUGCUAAUAAGAGCCGGAGCCGCAAUCAAUCCCCCAAACACCUACAGCAUCACGCCACUCAUUGUAGCAGCUCAGCAAGGACAGAUGAGGGCACUGUGCUACCUUAUUGAGAAAGGUGCAGAUGUGAACAUGCAGACAUGUGAUGGUGUCACAGCGCUGCAUGAGGCCAGUAAAAAUGGCCACAAGGAGAGCGUUGCAGUGCUGUUGACUAAAAACGCAGAUGCCAACAAACCCACUAACUCAGGACUGCUGCCACUGCACACUGCUUCCCAAUAUGGACACCAUGAGAUUGUGUCCCUCCUCGUCUCAGUCACAAGUCGAGCCCUGCUCCGCCACAGUUGUGUCAGCCCCCUCCACCUGGCAGCAGAGCACAACAGACACACUGUGGCAGCUGUGCUACUCAAGACAGGUGCGAAUGUAAACGCCACACUGGCCAACAGCCACUCCAUCCAGUAUGCUGAUAGGCGCGCGACAGCCCUCUACUUUGCAGUUGCCAAUGGCAGCAAAGAGACAGCAGAGGUGUUACUGAACGCUGGCGCGAGUCUAAACCUGGACCCAGUCAGUCCUCUGCUGAUGGCUGUGCGGCAGGGCUGCAUCAGCACUGUGUCAUUACUGCUGGAGAGAGGGGCUGACGUCAGCGCCAGAAUACCCUCUUAUCCUACUACGUUCCCUGCUGCCGUUGCACUCUGCAUGGAUAAUUUGGCUCUGCUCAAGUGCCUUUUGGACAAUGGCUGUGAUGCCCUCUCUUGUUUUACCUGUACAUAUGGCUGUGCCCCUCACCCAACGUCAGGAGGAUCCCACAUUAGAACUGUUGGCAGCAAUGGAUAUGUUUUGCAGAAUGACAGUAUGCUUCCUUUAAACUGCAGUGAGACGCCAGAGAGAGCUACACAGUUCUGUGAGUGGAUCUCAACGUCAGUCAUGUGUAAAUGGGCAGGACCGGUCAUAGACUUGCUGCUGGAGCAUGUUGGUCACGUUCAGCUGUGCAGCAAGCUCACUGAACUGCUGGACAGCCGAGAAGAGUGGCUCGCCGUGAAGAGGAAGUCAUUGUCACCUCGUCCACUCCUGCACCUUUGCAGAUUCAGGAUUCGAGCCCAAAUGGGGGGAAACAGACUCUCACAGAAAUCUCUCACAAGUCUACCUCUGCCGGACAGACUGAUCCGAUACCUGAGCCACGCUGACUGACUUUAAAAUGAACUUCAAGUAAUAUAAGCAUCAGAGAUGUGACUAAAUUUAUCAUAAUGUGUUUCUUUUUUAGCCGCAUCUGUAAAUGCAAUUCUCUAUGUAUAAAAUAUCUAUUUAUAACAUG